UUUGUUUACAUUCGCGGGCGCCCAUAGGAUAUCUUUUUUCAUGCGAUUACCGCUCCCUCAAGGACUUCUCAGGUUACGGUUUUUGUUUAGUGGCUGAGAGAGCGGCUUUUGUGUGUCACCAUUGAGUCUCAUUGUCAGUCGUGCGCGAACGAAAGACGGGCUUGAACUCCGUGUCACUCGCGGUUACGACGAAUUUUUCAUUACCGGCGAAUUGCCCUGGGAGUGAGACAGGAAGAACAAAGCCAGUGCUGUGACAGUGCUUUUGACGCUCACCGUCCCCUCCCUCCUCUUGCUCUAUUAUCGGAUCUCCGACAAAAGUUAUUAAUUGAUGAUUUUCGAUUUCUUGGAAGCAGAGUAUGCAGGCACAGAAUUGUAAUAAUACCAGGAAAAAGAUGAAUAUUGAAGUAGGUUUAUCAUCUAUGAAGUCCUUCAAAACCAUUUUUAUGAAAGAUGCAAAUAUCUCUGAGGAGAAAACUAUCGCAAACCAAGCUUCAUUGCAUAAUGUGCAGCUUCUACGGAAUUUACCAAAUAUUUUAAGAAGCAAUAACACAAAAACCUCUAGAAAUCAUAAAAUAUUGAACAAAACUGAUACAAGUAUCUCCGGUGCAGAAGACGGAAAUUCUUCUUGGGAAUUAAAUACAUCAUCUAGCGUUGAUUUAGAUAUGGAAGUCAAUUAUAAUAAAAUCACUUUAUCAAAAUCGCAUCAUCAAAGAAAGCAAGUGCACAAUCCAUUGGACGUUCAAUACGAUAUUCCUGAUUGCAACAAUAACAAAAAUAAAAAUCUACUGCAAGAAGUUAGUCAGUUAAACACUUUAAAUAUAUCACCAAGUUGCCAAAAAAAUACACCAACGAAGAAAAAAAACGCAGAGUAUAACAACAAGCAGAAGAAAAGUUUGUUCAAUAAAAACUUGAAAAAAAAAACAACUCAUAAAUCUAGCAGGAAAACACAAGUGUCACGUAAAAAGCCAGUCACUUUAGCUACUAUUCCAGAUAUGAAUAUGAAGAACGCUAUGCAAGAUGUUAAUAAUUUUUUGAAGAAUGAUAUACUUCCUCAACAACUUUCCAUUUACAAUUCUAAUUUUUCAAAUAUAAAUGUAAAUGAUUUAAAUAAUGUUGCAACAGACCUGGUCGAGCCAUCUAAUAUUUUCUACUGUAACAAUGAGAUUUACAAAUUCGACAAAGAAUGUGAUAUAAAUCUCAAUGAUGUUAUUUCUUGUAAACCGACAGAGAUCAACACAACGCAGUCUAAAACUAUCCAAAAAGAUAUUACAAGUUAUGAGUUUCCAAUAACAGAGAAUAAUUUGCAACGAAAGACGAUAGAUAGCUACAUUGGCUCUAAUUUCUUAUGUGGAUCCAAAAUAUUGUAUUCUUGUUCUUGUGCAAAUUGUAUGUCACAUGACAAAGAUAUUAUAUUUUAUGAAGAUCCAGUAUCAACUUCUUCGAGCAGUGACGACAUGGAAGCAGAGCUUUUCACAUGUGAUUUGCAUACAAACAUUUAUGACUUUUAUAUUAAUAAUUACUUUCAUAUAUUUGGUAAUCUAAUGGACUUUGAAAAGAAUUUUUAUGAAGAGUUUGACGAGAACAUUUCAACGAAAGAAAAUGCAUGUAGUACAACAGAAGUAAUUGAAAACAGUACAAACAUGUCAUCCAUAAACCAAAAUGAAUCACAAAAUUUACAGCCUUCCCAUAUUGAUAGAAAAGAUAUUUGUGUAGAAUCAUAUCCUGCAGCAUUUGUCACAUAUCCUAAUGAAAUAACAAUGGAAAAUUCAAGAACUUUUGAUGAAAUAGAUAUCCCUAAUUAUUUAAAUUUGGACAGUUUUUCGAUGAAAGAAAAUAAAAUGAUUUCUCAAGAUGAAAUAUUGAUUCAAAACGCUGUCUCAUCGAAUGCACCUGUUUCCAAUUCUACAUAUCAGAUACCAGAAAACAACAGAGAUUUAUAUGUUAUGCAGUGUGCUCAAUGUGGAAAAUUAUUCAGUAAAAAGCAUCAGUUAUGGAAACAUUUUAGUCACUGUUAUUUUUACAAGGAAAAUUUUCCUUGUCAUAUCUGCAAUAAAAUGUACAGACAUAAAUCGUCAUUAGUUCAGCAUUUACGGUUAGUGCAUAAUGUAUCACAUGGUCUCCACGAAAAGUUGGAGAAAAACUAUAUUUGUAAAAAAUGUUCAAAAUCAUAUGUCAGAUUUCGCGCUUUUCAAAGGCAUAUGCUUCUUCAUGACGAUUAGUAAGUCUGAUUGAACGUCAUUGAUAGUUGGUUUCUAACAAGAUGUCCUAGAACUGAGAUUGCUACUAAGAAAUUGCGAAAAAUCGUAUAUGACGUGAACAUCACAG